AUGUGGCUAGUUCAGUUCUCACGUAGUAAAAGUGAAACCUUCAAAAAAACGCUGUCUGAGACGCAACGAGGAAUUGUUGGAGGAUCUUCUACGUCUAUUGAGAAUUAUCCCUACGUUUCUGCGCUUCUAUAUUUAUCAAGCCAAGCCUACGUUCAAACAUGUGUUGGGACGAUCAUCAAUAACAGGGCUAUUCUUUCUGCGGCCCAUUGUUUUUAUGGUCAUUCAGCUAGUAGCUGGCGCAUUCGUGUCGGUUCCUCGUAUGCUAACAGCGGUGGUACCGUUUUUACUACAGCACAGAUUAUUAUCCAUCCCAGCUAUACCCAAUACUCUAACGACAAUGAUGUGGCAAUAAUGCACUCUAGUGCAGCUUUUACGUUCAGCAACAGUGUACGCGCCGCCGGUAUUGCCGGCACAAACUACAAUGUCGCAGAUAAUCAAGCUCUUUGGUCUGUUGGAUGGGGCAAAGCUUCGUCCAGCGGUUCGUUCUCGGAGCAACUGCGGCAUUUUGAAAGUAGAAGUAUAAACCUGAGUACUUGCCAAAGUAUUUACGUUCAGUUGGCAAUGUAUCUUACAGAUAAUAUGAUGUGCUCAGGUUGGCUCAAUGCUAGCGGUAAUGAAUGCCAAGGCAUCUCUGGAGGUCCUCUUGUCCACAACAGCGUAAUCGUGGGUAUACAUUCAUGGGGAGCGCAAUGUCAGCUUGCUAGAUACCCCGGUAUCAGCACUCGGGUUUCGGCCUACACGUCCUGGAUCCAAUCAAAUGCAUAA